AUGGGAAGAAGUAAGCUUCCGAUCAAGAAAAUCGAAAACACGACUAAUCGACAGGUGACAUUCUCGAAACGUAGAUAUGGUCUAAUAAAAAAGGCGUACGAAAUAGCUGUCCUUUGUGACAUUGAUUUAACUUUGAUCAUGCUCUCUCCUUCGGGCCGUCUAAGCCAUUUCUCCGGUAGGAAAAGAGUCGAGGAUGUGAUUUAUCGAUACAUUAAUCUCUCCGAUCGUGAUAGAGGAGGGAUUAUACCAAAUAGAGAGCAAAUAGUGAACACUUUAAUGAAAAUCAAAACUGAAAAGGAUGCUGCUAUGCAAAGUCCUGCAACUCCUGGCUCUGAUACUGAGGAAAUACAGAAAGAGAUUCAUGAUUUGCAAGAUCAACUUGACAAUGCUGUAAAUCAGCUUAGGUACUAA